AUGUUUGAAUACCAGGGGCACACCUCCAGCUGCGGGCCUCAGCUCCCUUCGGGGCCUGCACGCCUGGCUUUGCGCUGGAGUGGAAAACGCUGUGUUGGAGCCCAGCUCUCCCCAUUGGGGCUGCCCCUGGCUCUGUGCCUAAUUGGGGAACCGACAGGUGGGCUUCCCAACACCAUCUCCUUCAGCCUGGAAGAGGAGGAGGAGCUGGAAGGCAGAGGGUCAGCAGAAUUCACGUGCUUCUCGGAGGACCUCGUGGCCGAGCAGCUGACCUACAUGGACGCGCAACUGUUCAAGAAAGUAGUGCCUCACCACUGCCUGGGCUGCAUUUGGUCUCGAAGGGAUAAGAAGGAAAACAAACAUUUGGCUCCUACGAUCCGUGCUACCAUCUCUCAGUUUAAUACCCUCACCAAAUGUGUUGUCAGCACCAUCCUGGGGGGCAAAGAACUGAAAACUCAGCAGAGAGCCAGAAUCAUCGAGAAGUGGAUUAACAUUGCUCAUGAAUGUAGAAUCCUGAAGAAUUUUUCCUCCUUGAGGGCCAUCGUUUCAGCACUGCAGUCUAAUUCCAUCUAUCGGUUAAAAAAGGCUUGGGCUGCCGUCCCGAAGUAAGUUCCCAAGUGUCUGCUCUACUUUUCUUUGGCUGGGGUGGUUGGUUGCUGCAUCAGUGCUAUAGGUCCUCACCUUCAG